UGUUCCGGGUCGGCGUCACUGCCGGGAAGAUGGAGGCUCAGGGCCGACGCAGGGCCUGGCACAGCCCCGAGCCUGAGUACCGGCCCGGGCACCACCGACUGAGGAUCAAAAGAGAGGGGGCAGCAGGCCCCAAGCACCGGCCCUCGAGUUCGGGCUCCUCCGGGGGCAGCGUCUCUCCUCCUGGGCACUGGCAGAGCCGCUCCCCGGCCCGGCGGAAGCCGGCACCCGAGCAGCAGCAACAACAACAACAUUCACGGGCCGGGGGCAAGUGGAAGCGGGAACGGCAUGACCAUUCGCAGCGGGAUCAUGUUGAGAGACGACACAGAGACCAUUCCGAUAGAAAUGGACACCGGCGCAAGAAGAACAGUGACCGAGAGCGACACAGAGAAUGUUCAGACCGGGGGCGAGGCCACAACAAAAGGAAUGGCAGCUCUCACACAGAAGCUGGCGUGAGUGGCCGAGACAGGGAGGCUCAGCUCCUCAGCACCCAGCAGGCCGAGCGAGAGUAUUACAAUGAGAGAAGGCGUCAAAACCGUAAUCAGUGCCCCCUGCUCAAUGAUAAGAAUCCUGCCUCUGAGUCAAAUGACAGCCAGGUUCCUAGUGGCAACGCAGCCCAAGUGAAAGAGGAGCCAAAUUUUGAGCUGUCUGGUGCCCUCGUGGAAGACACAAACACCUUUCGUGGAGUGGUGAUAAAAUACUGUGAACCACCCGAGUCCCGGAUCCCAAGGAAACGAUGGCGUCUUUACCCAUUCAAGAAUGAUGAACCACUUCCAGUCAUGCACAUUCAUCGUCAGAGUGCCUAUCUCUUGGGUCGACAGCGUAGGGUAGUGGAUAUCCCAAUUGACCAUCCUUCCUGCUCCAAGCAACAUGCAGUGCUACAAUACAGACUUGUGGAGUUCACACGGAAUGAUGGCACACCUGGCAGGAGAGUGAGACCGUACAUCAUCGACCUGGGUUCGGCCAAUGGCACGUACCUUAACAAUCAGCGCAUUGAGUCACAGCGAUAUUAUGAACUCAAAGAAAAGGAUCUGCUGAAAUUUGGCUUCAGCAGCAGGGAGUACGUCAUUCUACAUGAAUUCUCGGAUACUGCUGAGGUGGAUGCAAAAGAAGGGCAGCAUGAUGAGGAUGAGGAAGUUGAAAGUUAAUAUAAAACCUUUCCCACUUUUUCUUUUGAAAUUGGAACUGCAGGUUUACUUUCCCUUUCAAAUGUUCAGGUAAAUAGUUCAGAAUUCAGAGGACCAGGUGACAGUUGACCAGCUUCAUAAUUUUAAGUCCAGGCUCACUCUCUGUCAAUUAACUCACUCUCAUGUUGUCAGUAUUCUAUUAUAAACCAAUAUGAUAAUUUGAAGAACAAAGUGUGGUCUGGUGAACAGAAUUGAACGGUAUGAUCCCUUCAGACCAAACAUUUAGCACCCUAUUUUGAAUUUCAUGUUUCACAAUCUGAUCACUUUGCCUCCAAUCUGGUGCUCAGGUGGAGACAUGCUAAAUAAUGGCAAGAAACCACAGAGUUUACUCUAGAAAAUUCACCAGAGCAGCUACUAAACUGUAGCAUUGUCAGUGCAGUCGGCGUAUAUAUGCUUUUCAUUAUAUUUUGAUUUUUUUAGGUAGAGGAUAAUAAACUUCAUAAGCAAACUAUUCUACUGGACUCUGGUCUUGGGACAUCAUCAAACAACUGCAUAUCGUUGCUUCAGCUCCUUUCACUCCUCUGUUGUUUAUUUUUUACAGGAUUUGAGAUACUGUGUUGCUAGGUUGAAACUUGUAUACUGUAAUUACUUUCCUUUCUUGAAGCAGGCCAUAGACAAGUUUUGUGCUUUUCCUCAUUGAAAACCUCUUCUGUCCACGAGUUAUAGAAACGGACCUUUCAGAAUGCCUCUUGCAUUUAAUAGUUGAUUAAGGAAAUGGUACAAAUGGCCAAAAGCUUAUAAUUUUUGACUGAAAACAUUUUUUUGUGCUGAACCUUUUUUAAUGAAAAAGUGCAAGAUUUUUCCUCAAAUCAAAAGUGAUUUAUGCCUCUGAGUUGGAUUUCUUCUUUCAGUUAGAGAGGAGAAGGUUGAGAUCUUGCUUCCUGAUCGUGCACUGCAUCUGUUGCCCCAGCAAGCUUAGAAUUAAUGUUAAAGGUCAUUGUUUGCACUAGGAAGCAAGAGAUCAUUUGUGGGUAGGGUAGGGCCCCCUGUGUCAUGACCUAUUUGGUUUGAUUUUGAAAUAAGUCACAAAUUUGGCUGCAUCUGGCAGUGAAGGGAACACCAAUAAAUGGCAGAAACCCAUUAGCUAGAUAUUUGACCUGUAAGAUGGGACUUUUAACCUAUACCUUGCUUUGUACCUAUAUGAUAGAUGUACUUGCCACUGACUGUCAUCCCUCCUGCUUCCUCUCUGGAACCAGUUACAUUGCUGGGAUGUCACUGGCUUAGAUCCAGCUCCUUGGGAUAGUUGUUCCAAUGUUGAUUGGAAGCUUGGGUUGCAGUUCUUUGUUGUAAAUUUUUAAAUCUUUGCACUACACGUCACUAAAAUGAAAAUGUAGCCCUGUCAGAGGUUGGAUUCUGUCAGCAUGGUCAGAUUCUCAUCACUUAUUAUUUUGGAUUCAAGGAAGAAAUAUUUGGAAUAGGUACAGUUUAUGAAAGUGUGUCUGUGCAUUUGUUUCUGGCUUCAGCUGAUUGGACAUGAAAUGUUCCAAAAACAUUUGUUUAAAUUUUUAGCAGCUGUAUAAAAGCUUGUGGAGCUGAAAUGUUAAUCCUAUGCUUUUCUCUCCACACACGCUACCUGACAUGCUGAAUGUUUUCCACCUUUUCUGUUCUUAAAUAACUUUCGUAAGGUUGAUAGAUUUCCCAGUUAAAAUGCCUGACUGUCCUAGACAAACAGCUGCAUCUAACGCUGCCUCCGUAAAUGGUUGGAGUGAAGAUAGUCAUUUUAAAGUGGUGAGGAUGGAACACUGCUUUCAGGCACCUAGUUUGAUUUGUACUUCAUACUGACAUGCUACAUUGGCAGAGGUCCUCUACGCUGACUUGAAAAAUGUUGAUGUUGUGUAGCCAGUGUGAGAGGGGUAGGAAAUGUAAUUGCACUUGGUAAGUAUGGCAUCGAAGGAAUUAGUUUUAUUUUAAAACCGGAAAGCGGGUAAGUUUUUUUUACAGCUUUAGUAUAAUUGCACGUACCUAAUGCGUGCUGACCUUGAAAGCAAGCAGUCAGGGGGAAAAUAUCUUGACUUUCUUUUCUAUUUACAAAAUUGUUUUCUUUGUUAACAAAUAUAUCUGCAAAAAUGUUAACAGAUCUUCAUACCAAAGGGCUCAAAUUUACCCCUCCCAAUGCAGUCACCGAGCAAAGAAGUGUUCAGAUUGUUGCUAAGCAACAGAAGAAUGAUAAUGAACAGUGACACACGCCUACCUUUGAAACAUUUUGUUAUUAAAUGAAAACCUGUUUUAAAAUACUGCUCAAAAUUAUAUUUUGUUGUAUAAAGUAAACUGGUGUUCUUGUAGAUUGUAAUGUUGACUUUGUUACAAUCGCUCCUAUGUUUUUGGCAGUCUGUGUCAUUUUUAGUAAAGUAGAUUUCGACAAUA